ACAAUCACAUGAAAUUUUAGGGGGUGGGGCUAGUCACUAACAUUGGCCAUUGCUAGUUAAGUUAGCUAGUUGUCCUGUUUGUUGAAGGAUUUCUACUCAUCUUUGCAAGCUAUGGACUUCAAACAAAAGCUUAAAGACAGUGUGAGGUCAGAUGCCUCCAAAGGUCAGAGUAGUAAGGAGAAAGAGGCUCAGGAAGAUGACUAUAUCUAUGCACCAGUAAACACUACUACUACUGAGCACCCACUACCCCACCAUCAAGAUAGGACACUGUUUGUGGUGGACCUGUCCAGACUAAAGGCUGAGAGGGACACUCUGGAGAAUGCACUGGUCAUUUAUAGGCCCGAGAAAGAGUUCAAGAAGCCUCAGUACGAGCAGAGAUGCUCUCAGCUGGUGGGAUUGUCUCUGUGCACUAUGAACUUCACUGGCAAGUAUCCCGAGUUCCUGAGACUCAAGGGCACAGGGUACGCAGUGCGAGGCCUGGGGGAACAUUACGUAAUGGGCUUGUCCAGUCGUAUAGAGGAGCCCCCUGCCUAUUGUGUCAACUACCUCAAGAACAUUCACGAUAUGUUCCGGUUCUACUACCACACCCCCAGUGUUGUCUACAAGGCAGCCAAGGAUGAUUGGGAUAAGUUCAAGGAGAUGAUGUCAUCACGUAUAAAUGGUAUCCUGGAAUACGUACUGAGGGACCAGCACUCUGUCCCUGCCAUGCUCAAUCCCCUACCCUAUAUCAAGACCAAUCCAAACAAGAAGAAAUCGUCUCGUAACUUUCUCCUGGCAUCACGUAUCCUGAAGGCAUGUCAACACCACACCUCCAUCGUGGGGGGUGCUCUCACACACAAUCAGGGGUUGUUCAUGAGUCAGUUCAGCCCUGAAGUGACAGAGAAACUGCUGCUCAUCGGAGGAGGAGCAGUCUCACUGGAUCACAUGUCCGUACUGGGAGACAACAUUGCCCCGGGCAAGGUGUGGGUACUGGAGGUGUUCCUGACGGGAGAGGAAGAGUCACUCACUCGAGACACGCUCAAGGACCACUCCGGCCUCAGGACAGCGUACUCGUCUCUAGAUAGAGCUGCUCAGACCACACUCACACAGAUGCAGGUAUCCGCAACCUCCCCUUUGAGAACGAAAGGUCAAUGGCGACGACAGACAAACAAUUCCACGGCUGGAGGUGUUUCGUACACUGAUGGAGGGUUUCAGAGCACACCACGAUCAGGGAAACCCCCUCCACUACAAGCAUCAUCAAGUACCCCAAUAGCUGUCGUAGGAGAUCACAACAAAAUGAAGUCUACUAGCCGUUCUGAAGACGCCAUUGUUAUUAGUCCAAAUAUGAGCACGGUGUUUUUCGAUAAACCUCCACCUUCACCUGAGGUAAAACACAGACUUUCAAGCAGCUCUUCAACUAAGCAAGAUAUGGACGAAUCGGAAUAUGUGGAUGCAGUGGAAACGAUGGAAAGCACUGUAGAUGUGAGCCAAGGAGCAAGUGGCAAUCCAUCGUCCUCGGCCCAAGCCAUCCCAAUUAAAAGGGAAGAUUCUGACGCUGUUUUCGAGGAUGCCAGGCCAGGUAGUGUGAGCAGUGAAGUGUACGCAACACCGUCCCCUUCACCUCCUCGUGAGCCAAAGACGCAAGAUGGAGGCACUAAAGAGAAAGACGACGACAACACUCUCACUCGUGAUCAAAAGCAAGAAAACAAUCCUGCCACUCUGACAAACGAAGAACUGUCCAAGUUAAUCAACACACCCGUUUUUCUCGAUUCCAGCGAACAAGAAGCAAGUAUAACAGCUGUUCAGAGCGCUAACAGGGCGUCUAUGAUCAAUCCCCUACCCCCUUCUUGGAAGUUCAGGACCACACCUGAUUCUGACUGCGAUGACGACUUUGUUGACAGUGAAACUCUGGAUAAAAUGCUUAAUGCUGCAGGGGCCAAGGAAGCCAAUGGUGGCAAUGAUUUUGUGGAUGGCUCUGACGUUCGAGUGAUGGCUCAAAACUCUCGUCCAGAGAAAGGUGACCUCAAACAUCCACCACCUCUACCCCCUCGGAAUCUACCCAAUGCACGAUCACGCCCACGCCCCCCACAAGGGGGAUCCCCUGUUGCCCCACCCCCUCUACCCCCGCGUAACUACACACUGGCAAGAGACGCAGAGCAGCCAAAGCAGCCCGAUGAUCUAUCACUUCGCCGUUCGAUUUACGACACGUUGAGCAGAGAUGCUUCAUCAGACAUGAUCACAGACACUGGAGAAUUAGCCAAUGAGAUUGAAGACGAGGAGUCCACCCCCAUCCCAGUCAUAACCCCGGACCCUGACGCAGAGGGGGCUCUGGUACCUGACUCAAGUGACACUCCAGAGCUACAAGAAGAGCAGCCAUUGGAGCAAACUGACCAAUCGAAUGAAGGAACAAUAGAUCAAAGUACGGAUAUUUAUUCUGACUCACCAAAACUGAGGAAUCGGAAGGCAAUCAUAUCCGGAGAUCAAAAUGGAGAGGAUGUGAUUUUCCAUGAAGCUUCGGCUAACGAUGAUUCUCCUGUGACAUCAAAAACUGUAUCAAUGGUAUCAACAGAGAGUCAAAUUGAUCAGAGUAUUGAUCAAAAUGAGGUUAGUAUUGAUCAGAGUGAGUCAAGUAUGAAUCAAGCGUCUCAAAGCUUGUACCUGGAGAGUUUAUAUGAAUACAUACCUGACGGAACGGUUACACCUCCUGGAGAAGCUAGUUUUAUUGCUCCGGAAUCUCUCGUAAAUGGUCUCCCUCUCAAAUUUCAACAGCUCAGAGAUAAAAUGAGAGCAGCUCCUACACUGCCACCACGAAAUGCAAUCACCAAGCCUACAAGGUUAAAGGACAGCGAGGACGAGCUGAGUGAUCCUGAUGAAUCUAGUGACGAAGAUGAUAUUGGAGCUUUGAAGGGUAGGGGAAACUGGAUCCCCCCUACCACUCUUAAGAGGCCGCCAUCCUCGAAUGAUAAAGAUCCGUACCUUGUGAAGAGGUGUCUGUAUGUCCAGCAGUACAUGGGCACAGAGGUGAUGUUACUAGGCAGUGAGAACCUGCACAGGAACCACAGUGUCCUCAACUUACUGUGGCGCUCGCUGCUCCCUCAGCUGAUGGAGUUGGACAAUGCCUUGAGGAGAGAUGCCCCUGGACCACCACCACGAUCUGAGGUCCGUCCCUCCAGCUCUGUCGUCACUUACAGCAGUCUGGACCGCAGCUGUGAAGCUGUCCCUCACACAACUGCCUACCACUUCCGCCAUGCCCUGAGACGGAUACAUCACGAGUACAACAAGGACCCGUCCCUCAUGCAAGUUAGCCUCAGCAAGGAGCAUCUACGAGUGCUGAGUCAGCAUGUGCACGAACGGGAGGUCUACCUACAGCCGAGUCGUAUGGGGCACCUGGACGUAUUAGCCAUGCACGGGCAGGUAGAGAAAUACGCUAAGACUAAAACAUCUUUGAGACAGCAACCCACUGGCGGACCUAAGAUCAUGUUUGUGUGAACUAUGUCUGUACAAUUAUAAUAAUUCUUAUAGCCUUAUAAUUCUUAUAGCAAAAUUUAUUUUAUCUUUUUCUCUCAUUUGUAUUUUCACAUAUGACAGUCUUUGUUAGCAGGUGUUGUUUUAACUCAAUUAAUUUGUGAGCAAUAAAAUUUUGAACAAAACAAGUUUGAAUAUUGAAUAA